AUGAUAGCUAGGAGCGUCCUAAGAUGCUCUGCCACCCGAAGGCUUCAUUUAGGCCGGCCGCGAAUGGUCCUGGCUAAGCCGCGCAAAUUCUCGACAUCUACGCCCGUUGCGAAUGCCAAUAGCUCCUCGACAGCUUCAAUGCUAGGCGCCUUUACGAAUGAGUUGGACAGGAUAGCACCAAAGUUCGAGAUUCAAGGGUCACAGAUUCAGAUAUUGCGUACGCCGUCGGAUUUCUACGAGACACUGAAGUCCAAGAUUCUUGGUGCAGAGAAGCAGAUCUUUCUGUCUACAUUGUACAUAGGCAAAACAGAACAUGAGCUUAUUUUCACCCUCCAUCAAGCUCUUAAAAGCAAACCCAAUUUGAAGCUCAGUAUUCUUACUGAUGCACUGAGAGGUACUCGGGAGUCUCCGGAACCAUCAUGUGCUUCCCUACUUGCUCCAUUGGUAGACGAGUUUGGCUCGGACAGGGUUGAGAUUCGAAUGUACCAUACGCCAAAUUUGACAGGCUUGCGGAAGAAGUAUAUCCCAAAACGAAUCAAUGAGGGCUGGGGAUUGCAACAUAUGAAACUUUACGGAGUGGAUGACGAGAUAAUCAUUUCAGGGGCAAAUCUUUCCAAUAAUUACUUCACUGACAGACAAGACCGGUAUCACAUAUUCUCUUCAAAAGAGAUCACCUCUUACUUCUACAAGAUACAUAGCGCGACUGGCCUUCCUCCAACCUCGCCCCCCUCACCACUCAUCGAUCCCAAGAAGUACAUUUCAGCAUCAACCAGCAUCCUCCAUCCCCUGAUCAAGCCCUCCACCACCACCGCCGCCCCAUCUUCCCCUUCCACAAAAACAAACACAACAGUCUACCCACUUUCCCAACUCACCCAACUCCUAGACCCGGACACCUCCACCGAGUUACCUUCAAUAACCCACAUCCUCCGCACCCUCUCAUCCCCCUCCUUCGGCACCUCCUCCUGGACCUUCACCGCCGGUUACUUCAACCCCGACCCGUCCCUGACCUCCCUCCUCCUCUCCGCCGCCUCCACCAACAACACCGUCAUAACCGCCUCUCCCUACGCCAACGGCUUCUACGGUAGUAAAGGCGUCUCCGGCCUGCUCCCGGCAGCCUACACAUUGCUCUCGCGGCGCUUCCUCGAAAGCGCGCAGAAAUCCGGCCGCGAACACGACAUUGCGCUUAAGGAAUGGCGGAGGGGGACCGUCGGGGAGAACGGCGGCUGGACGUACCACGCCAAAGGCCUCUGGAUCUCGCUUAAUGGGGAGAAGGAGCCGAGUCUGACGAUUGUGGGUAGUAGCAAUUAUACGAAGCGCAGCUAUGGGCUGGAUUUGGAGGCCGGGACGUGUAUUGUUACGAGUGAUGAGGGGUUGAAGGGCAGGUUGAGGGAGGAGAGGGACGGGUUGCAGGAGUUUGCCGGGAAGGUGGGGAUAGAUGAUUUUUUGGGGGUGGAGAGGAGGGUUGGGAUAAGGGUUAGAGUUGCGAUGUGGAUUGUUAAGAUGGUUGGGGGAGCUUUGUAA